GAAUCCCAAACCGCCCCCUACACACUAUCCCUACACACUACCCCUCCGUUUGCGCGUUCCCGUGGAGGGUCCUCCAUAUUAAGGGCCGUCCCAAACCAGGUAGUGCGGAGGGAGAGUGGACUGUUCAGCCCUUAAAUAGCGAGUCUGCAUUGAUGCUCACUCCGGACAACUUUUUCAGGAAGUGCAACGUCGAAAUGGAGGAGGAAACAAACAUAUCGAUGUCAGCUGUCCGGGAUCCCUGCCGUCCUCCUUCCCCUCCGACUCUCCCCAGCCCAGUCAUCGUCGGUUUUUCCCUGCCUGGACCUCCCCACUCCUGCCUGGACCCCCGCUCCUGCCUGGACCCCCAUUCCUGCCUGGACCCCUUCUGCCCCUGCCUGGACCCCCCCGUUUCUGGCCAAGACCCCCCACUACACCAGCCACUCCUGUACCCUGGAUUUUCCCCCCAUCGAGCCACCAUUUCACCUCCAACAAUAAACGCUUUCAUUCCAGCCAGCCUUGGUAGUGUGGCUCUCUGCUUGGGUCCACCCGCUCGUCCCUGACAGAAGGACUGGAUUCUUUAAGACCUUCAAAGGUUUCAGUAUUUAAAUUAUGUUUUAAGUCACAGAAUUUUUGAGAAACUUCAACCAUCAAGAGGAAAUUAAACACUCAGUAACUGAAACUGGUUUGAAUAUAUGUAAAAUGCUGAUACUGUAGUGGACAGGAAAAAUAUCUGCUUUUUUUAUCUGUCAAAUAAUCUCCAUAAAACAGAUCUUUGUGUCACGUUUAAGUAGAUGACAAUAAGUGAUUUUAUAACAGAUGUUUAGUCAUACCAGGCUGAAAUAUAUCAUUUUAAAAUGUGUAAGGAGUGUGAGUUUUUUUUAAUUGUACCAUGAUAAUUCACUCAUUGUCAGUGUUGCUGUCCACUAACUCCUGGGCAGACAGAUGCAAAAAAACAAACAGAUAAACAAAAGAAAAAAACAAUAAAUAAAUUAG